AAUGAGACUGAAGAGCAAGACAGCCUGGAAAUCACCAGAAUACAUAAAGUGGAAUGGAUUACAAAGAACUGGACUACGCCUUCCCUGUCAACCAACUGCAGGAGAUGAAAAUGGCCUUUGAAAAUGGGGAUUUUUUACAAGCUGCUCAAAACAUCAAGAAAUCCCUGGUAGGCCUAGAACACAUCCCACUGAAUAUCGCGGUUACUGGAGAAUCGGGCUCUGGCAAGUCCACCUUUAUCAACGUCAUCCGCGGUCUGGGGGACGAGGAUGAAGGUUCUGCAAAGACCGGAGUCGUUGAGACAACAGUGGUGGCCACACGUUACUCACACCCCCGGCUUAGAAAUGUGAUAUACUGGGACCUUCCCGGUAUAGGGACGGCACAUUUUACGCCAAAUGAGUAUUUGAAAUUAGUUAAGUUCGACGAGUUUGACUUCUUUUUUAUCAUCGCAUCGCACCGCUUUAGAGAUUGCCACAUUCAGUUGGCCCAGGCCAUCAACAGCAUGGGCAAGAAGUUCUACUUUGUCAGAAGUAAAAUUGAUGCGGACUUGAACGCUUGCAGGAGACUCCGAAAGAGCAGCUACAAUGAGGACCAAAUACUCAUGGAAAUUCGGAGCAACUGCAUUAAGGGUCUACAUGAUGGAGGAAUCAUGUGUCCUCGAGUUUUCCUUCUCUCGUGCCUGGAGCUGGAAAAAUACGACUUCUACCUCAUGCAGAAAACAUUGGAGAACGAACUUCCGAGUCACAAGAGGCACGUGUUCCUUCUCACCUUACCCAACAUUUACUUCCAGGCCCUAGAGAGUAAAAGGGACGUGUUCAGAAACCAGAUAUGGAAACACGCUCUAGCCUCUGCGGCAAAAGCCUUGCUCCCGAUUCCGGGCCUCUCGGUUGAUAAUGAUAUUGACCUCUUGGUAAACACUAUAGGGGAAUACAAGGAGGCAUUUGGACUGGACCAAAGAUCUCUUAACUGUCUGGCCACAACGUUUGAUAAAGAUGUCCAUGACUUGAGGUCCGUGAUCCGAUCCCAGCUGGUCUUGAAGGAGAUAACCUAUCAUGAGGUUGUCAACUUUAUGCACAGACGAGAAUUGACUAAGGCGGCACUCAUGGUGACAGAUUAUGCGGCCGGGGCAGUGCCUCUGGUUGGAAGCGUGGCUGCUGGAGGUGUGGCCUUUGGUACGGCAUACUGGCUGCUCUACAGCUUACUGAAAGACAUUGCUGACGAUGCCAAGAGAGUCCUGUCAAGGGCAUUAGAAAAUACAGUUUAA